CGUCUCCCACAGGAAUUCCGUCAACUCCAUUUAAGGCUUACUUACCCAGCAAGUCUGCAAGGAAGAAGGAGAAGAAAAGGUCUGAACUCUGCAGCGGAGCAGGGAGCAACAGGAUGAAGCAAUCGACGAAGGCGAACUCGGUGAAGUCGGCGAUUGUAGUUGUGGGAGCCCUGGCUUUCGGAUGGCUGACUAUAGAGCUCGCUUUCAAGCCUUUCCUCCAGAAAGCUCGUGAUGCCAUGGACAAGUCCGAUCCCUCCCGUGACCCCGAUGAUAACGACACCACCGCGAUUCCCAAAUCUUCUUUCUCCACCUCCGACGAUGUCUCCGACACCACUGAGCUGAAGUAGAAUUCUCUGUCUCUUUCAAUUUCUCGACGCUUUUUUUCACAUUUUUGUCGCCCCAACCCCUACUGCAACAACUCUUAUUAAUGUAGUAACAUAUUGUUAUGGAUUCGAUAAUUUGAUCUUUUCAGGUUUCAUACAAGAGAUUUCAAUAUGCUUUUCC